GUUUUACUCUCCAUUUAUUUUUACUUGUUUUUUGUCAUUUUUUUAUUAUCCUUUAAAUAUUUAACCAAAGUUCCGGUUACUAAGCAACAGGGCAACAAGAUAGUAUGAAGUGGAAUCUCCUACUGAUUCUCUUCCUCACCAGAUUUUGUUGCGGUGCCAGUGCUUUGAAUCUCACCAGCUCUGGCCAGAUUGCGAGAUCUUUCGUGCAGAGCUUGAAGGAACAGAUUCCCUCGGCAAACAUCAGUGAACCUCCUAAGCCACAAACCGGUUCUCUUGCAAGUCGGAUAGUGAAUUCCACAAGGAUUGGAAUGCGUCUGUCAUCAGAAUUAUACGCACAGCUUUACAGGCAGCUGUUCCAGUCUCAACUGCAGUCACAACCAGUGCAGCCACAUGGCCAUGGUGCAGUCCCGGAAACGCAAUCUGGACUUUUGGCCACGCUGAUAGAGAAGCUGACUGCUUCCUCAAGAGCACCCAACGUGACAGAACAGACGUCUGAAGUUGGAGAGCAGCCGGACGUUUCUCAUAUGAAUGCAACACAACUAGCAAAUGCAAUGGAAGCAGGCAGCUCGUCAGUGCGAGGAGGAGAUGCCGUAAACCAAACAACACCAACUUUGGAUCACAACAACAAUAACAAAAACAACAACACUAACAAUGUCUCUACUGUAUUCUACAACAACAAGUAUGAUUCCAAUAUUUUUAAAGACAGCAAUCGCACAGACAACAACUGUGCCAAUAACACCAACAAAAACAAAAACAAUAUUAAUAAUAAUAAUAAUAAUAAUAAUAUUAGUAGCAAUAAUUGUAGUAGUUUUAAUUUCUCACAUCUUAACUGUUCAGACUGUAGUCAUCAAGUGCUUUCGAACAACAAUACCAGAACCUCAACAAACAGUAGCCAUUUUUGUUACAAAGUAAUGCAGUCUUUUCACACGGACAAAAUAGAAAAUACACCAUCCAGCUUCAACACGUCAAUGCAGCUUCCAGCCAAGAGCUCUGUCCUCCAUCUAGCAUAUGUUGCUACGAAUAUAUCUGUGAACUUGAAUGCCACAAACAUGUGGAUAUCUCUGUCUGUAAACGAAGACAGGACAUGGAUUAUACGCCUCACACAGUUUUACCUCUUGUUUGACAUCACUUCAUUCCUGCAACCAAUCAUAUCAUUUGAAAACUCUACCCUUCUCCUUUUGCGAUUUUUCUCUGAGUGCAGACUUAAUGGAGGACAAAUCACACCUUGCCCAGAAGUGGAUUACAAAUACAACGAAAUCUGGACAGAAUUUUGUUAAGCUCUGUGCUUUUACAUGUCUUAUCGGCAUAUGUGUGUGUAUAUGUAUGUAAUAAUGUGUGGGUGUGUAAAUUGUGUGUGUUGAUGUGAGGCAGUCAAGUGGUUAAGAUAUUGGAAUAGCUGCUCAUGGACUGUGAUUUCAAAUCUGUUUUUAAGCAAAACCCUUCAUUUCUACAUUGCUUCAGUUUGCAAAGCUAUCGGGGAGUACCAAAUCAUUUUGGAAUAUUCCAGAUAAGAAAAAGAGUGGAAUCUACCAAAGUUCUCUGAUUAUCAUGUCAUUGGGUCUGUACUUCAAAUUAUGGAAUGUAUACAAUGGCUGGUGUACAACUUAGUCCAUGUGAAACUCAUCAGGUACAGACAUCUGCCAGCAGGUGGGUGUCUUGUUUGACCACAAGGAAUUUCCAAAUCAUAUAUGUAUGCAUAUUUGUGUGUGUGCGUGUGUGUGUGUGUGUGUGUGUGUGUGUACAUUAAUAUCGAACACUGAGAAUGAGUGCUAAACACCAUUGUUCAAACUGGAGAUGAGUACCAACACUUCCAUGUGGCACACUUGAAAAAUUGUGAAGAUCCCUUCACAUGAAACCAUU